CGAGAAUGUUCACAAUCGCGGCGACGCUUUCAGCCCGAUCGCAGUGCGGAUACAUGUCUCGAGGUGGGGGUGUGCUGUUGGCUGCAGCUGCGCGGCGAGCCUGGUCAAGCACCAUGGGUGCACGUCUUGCGGACCAGCGCUGGACGACGACGCCUGGAGAACCCACGAUGUGUUAUGGGUGGUGAUGACAUGAUUGUUGGGGUCAUUUUCUCGAACUCAAGUUUCGACUCCAAUACUCGGUGGCGGACCUUCUCGAAGCACAGCGGUGGCUCUGUUUGACCGAGUGCGUACUCGGAGGUAGACAGUGACUGCGGUUGUUUCGUGUGAUCUGCCACAUUAAGUCAAGACGCGGUGACCACUUGAGAGCAGUCAAAGCAUCCGCUCAACUCGUUCACGUGUGUGAAGUCGCUACCAACGAGGAGGCCAACAAGGAGGCCAACGACGACGACGAGGUUUGUUUAGCCACACGUUAUCACGUCGCUUGGACAGUUUCGUGUUGGAGGGAUGAAACCGUCGAUCGACAUUGACGUGUAACGGUUGCCUGCGCCAGGGCAUGCAUGGCCACCAGCGCAUCGGACUUGCCGUGAGCAGCGUGAGCUAUGUUCUGAACUGGUACACUCUCUGCGAUCAGCACUGGGCCUACGAUGUAUCAAGCCUCACGUCUUUCGGGCUGUGGGCGUUCACGGGCACUGGGGUCACGAUCAAGCUCGUCGAUGCUGGCGCCGAAAAUCUUGGUUACGAUGUGGUCACACCCAGCCUCCGCCCAAGUUCUUUUGGUGCAUUUUGCUCGAUUCCACCGAUCCAUGACCACGAUCCGUGGUGCGGCGCUGCCACGGACUCGGCUCGUGCAUUCCACAUCAUGGGCUUUCUCGCCGCCACUGCCAGCUAUGUUAUCAGCACUCACGUCGUUUUUGAACGUUCGUUUCCAUCUUGGGAUGGCGGCGGCACCAAAGCGUCGCUGCCUUGGGCCACGUUCCUCUCGUUCUGGCACGGUGUGUGUUCGAUGGCCGUGCUGGUUUCGUGGGGGCUGGCGCAAGACGCGAUGAAUGAUGCUUGCAUAGCCGACAAUCUCACGACGAAGCGGCCAUGCAUCUCAGCAUCAUAUACGUUCUACGUAUUGAUUGCGAAUACCUUGACGCCGUUCUUCUUAUGGUGGUGGUGGAAGCACACCCACCACUGGCUCGAAGCCAAACACUCUGGGGCAUUAAUGGACGGGUUCCUCUUGGCUGCCAAGACAGACGAUAUCGACGAAAUCCUGGGCCAGGUCGCCGCCAAAGCCGAUAUCAAUGGACUGGGAUCGGACGGUCGCAAUGCUCUCCAUUGGGCCUGCGCGCUCAACCGCACGACUGUCUUGCACAUUCUCGUGAAAAAGGGGGCCAACAUUAGUCAAAAAGAUAAAGAUGGAUGGACGCCAUUGCACUGGGCGAGUCGCAUGGGAAACCCCGAUGUCGUGCGGCUCCUUGUCAAGCAUGGUGCCGAUGUGAACGCCAAAGAUACGUGGGGCACGACGCCGUUGAUGCUGACCGUGCUGGGAAAGAGCAAGACCGCCGCCAUGUGCCUCCUUGAGCUGGGUGCCAAUAUCAAUGCACGAAACGUCUUUGGACAGACAGCGCUCAUGCUGUGUGUGGAAGAAGACGCCGAAAUGCACGCGUUCGUUGUCAUGCUCCUCAACGCCGGCGCAUCCCUCACGCUGCGCGAUGUACGACCUCGACUCCAUCGUGCGGUGACUGUCCAAUGUCACCAUAUUCAACACAUCCUUUUGGUUAGUUCCAAGGGAUGUCUGUGUUGCAUUACGCUGCGAGCGCGGGACUCAAAAACAUCGUGCAUGUCCUUAUUGAGUGUUGUUUGCCGGACCAGCUUGUCCAAGUGAACAAGUUUGGCGACACCCCGCUGGCCGAAGCUCGGCUACGAGGUCGUGCGAACACCGCGCUACUUCUCGAACGUGCGAUCGAACCUGCAAUGCUGCCACCAGAGUAUGCCGCCAGCGACAACGGAGACGAACUGCCGAGGCCAUCCUCCGACAACGACUCGAGUGACGACGACACGUCGAACGAAUGAGGACAACCGACUCUGGUCGCACACAAUAUCAAGUUCCAGUAAAUAGUCCCGCUAGGCUAACUCUAAUUUUUCCAGCAACAGCAUCGUUCCCUUUUGCUCCUUGUGCGCGGACGUCCACUUUUUGCCCUUGAGCGCCUUGACGAGGGCGGCGUUGGCCCCCGAAACUGGAGGGUCCAGGAAGGCUAGAAGCACGAAUGCGCCGCGGUUGGAUUCGGCCCACUGAGCAAUGCGACCUGCCUUGGUCAGUUCGGCGAGCAGGGCCGAGCCAACCGUCGACGCGUGUUGAAUCAAGCGCUGCAUGUGUUUGUGCGCGAUGAGGUCCGCAUACAACAUGUCGAGCGAGGUGUCGGCGGGGGUUUCGUCAUGGACGACAGUUUGGACAACCGCUUCCAAGAGGUCCGCGUUGGUGGACUGCUUGAGGACUUCAAACAAAACGUGGCCGCCGCUCUUGGAGCGGAGCAACGCAUCGACAUUCUCGGCGCACAUGGCCUCGAUGGGGGCCUUGAGACCAGCCCACAGUUCCUUGCGGCGGGUCUCGGGGUCCUUUUUGUAGUUGACAACGAGCUCCGUCGAGCCGACGGCAGCAGGGACCAUGGGCGGCUGCAGCAGGGCGAUUUCGUCCGGGUGGAGGUACUUGGUGUUGAGGGGCGAUAGCAACUGGAGGAGAACUUUGCUUCCGUUUUGGUGCAGCGCCACGUCGAGCCAGUGGUCUUGCAAUUCGGACAAGACUGACUUUUGCACGAGCACCGUGUCGUCCAACACAUCCAGCACGCGGAGCAGGACGAGGUACCCGCUGAUGUGGUUGCAUGCCUCUAGUACCUUGUCCUUGAGGGUCUUGAUCACGCGCUUGCGAUCUUUCGCGUUUCCGAGCGACAGGCACACCACGACAACCUUGGCGCCGGCCCGGGUCGCCAGGAGCGCCACCGCCGCGUCGCGGAUGUUCGGGAUCAUGGCGUUGACUUGGUCAGUCGACGCCACCGUCAAGUACUCGAGCAUGAGCGCCUGGACGAACGCCAACCCAAGCAACUGCUUGUCCACCAUGCGGUUGAGCACAUCCGCAACGUGCGUGAGGAUUUCUUCCUUCUUGGACGGGCUCUGCGCCACGAUGUCGGCUAAGUUCUUCUUCUUCGACUCCAUUUCCGAUUUGAAGUACGCAAACUCUUUGCCGUAAAAUUCGAGCUUGAGGCCGCUCAGUUGCCCGGGCUGCAAAAAGUCUUGCGCAGACUCGAGGAUUGUCGCGGCGACGUUGUGCGUGGCAAUCUUGACCACGUUUCCCGUGAGCUCCUUCACAAUCAGCGCCCGGUCCUCCUUUGACCCGUACUUGAUCAUCUUGGUCACGAGAAAGCACCCGUAUUGCAACUUGGCCAUUUCAAGCAUGUGCGGGAGCAUUUCCUUGAUCGCGCUGCUCCGGUGCGCAGGGGUGCCGUACUUUAGGAGCGACUGGAUCACGCGAGACGCAUCAUGCUUCGCCGCCACGUCGUGAAUCUUGCCAGUCACCAAGUGAAACAGUUCAUCCACGAGAGGCACUCGCUUGGCCUUGUCCAAGUCGCGCUCGCGGAUGAUGUUCCAAAUUUCCUUGGCGCGCUUCACCAUGUCAUAAUUCGGCCGACUCAUCUUGCGCUGCAAUUUGUAGUCCACUGGAGCGUUUUUCUCACCCUUUCCUUGAUAGCCGCCUUUCUUAGCUCCGUCCUUGCCCUGCCAUGACUUCUUCUCGCCAGGUUUGCCUUGCAAUGGCUUUUUGUCUCCAACUUUGCCCGAAGCGGGCUUCUUGUCCGUCUUCUUGAAGGCGGGCUUGCCAUGGGCGCCACCUGCCUUUUGUGCUUUCGCGCCGGCAUCCUUGGUCUUCAAGUUGGCGUCCGCGGCGGACCGCUUCUUCGGGUUCGUGUCUUUUGCUGGAGGCGCCAUCGUGUCAGAAUGCCAAGACUGCUUCCAACAAG